AUGAGCAGCUGCAGAUUCAACGGUGGCGUGAUGCGGCCGCUCAGCAACUUCAGCGCUUCCCGCAGAAACCUGCACGAGUUUGACUUGGAGUCACAGCCCUUGCAGCCCAUGUCUACAACUGAUGCGUCUGAAAUUGCAGUUUCAAAACCGGAUCAUAACUCAACCAGCCUGAUGCCUCACGUACCGGCUGAGGGAGGUGGAGGAUGUAGCAGCAGUGGGAACAAGCCGGGUAAAAAGAAAAAUCAGAACAUUGGGCAAAAGCUUGGUCACAGAAGAGCCUUAUUUGAAAAGAGAAAGCGUCUGAGUGACUACGCUUUGAUCUUUGGGAUGUUUGGGAUCGUUGUUAUGGUUAUAGAAACGGAACUCUCCUGGGGAGCCUACGGAAAGGAGUCCCUUUAUUCAUUAGCUCUUAAAUGCCUGAUUAGCCUUUCUACAAUCAUUCUUCUUGGUCUGAUUGUCAUAUACCAUGCAAGGGAAAUUCAGUUAUUCAUGGUGGACAACGCUGCUGACGACUGGAGAAUAGCCAUGACAUAUGAGAGAAUUUUCUUCAUCUGCCUGGAAAUGUUAGUGUGUGCUAUUCAUCCUAUUCCUGGGAACUACACUUUCACUUGGACAGCACGUCUGGCCUUCUCCUACAGCCCAUCGAAAACAGAUGCAGAUGUGGAUAUUAUUUUGUCGAUACCGAUGUUCCUCAGACUGUACCUCAUUGCCAGAGUGAUGCUUCUCCACAGCAAACUUUUUACUGAUGCCUCAUCAAGAAGCAUUGGAGCACUGAAUAAAAUAAACUUUAAUACUCGAUUUGUUAUGAAGACAUUGAUGACAAUAUGCCCUGGAACUGUACUGCUGGUCUUCACGAUCUCUCUGUGGAUAAUAGCUGCAUGGACUGUUCGAGCAUGUGAAAGAUACCAUGACAACAUGGAUGUAACCAGCAACUUUCUUGGGGCCAUGUGGUUGAUUUCAAUCACUUUCCUCACGAUUGGAUAUGGGGAUAUGGUGCCUAAUACAUACUGUGGAAAAGGAGUAUGCCUCCUGACUGGUAUUAUGGGUGCUGGAUGUACUGCUUUGGUGGUUGCCGUUGUUGCAAAGAAACUGGAAUUAACCAAAGCUGAAAAACAUGUACACAAUUUCAUGAUGGACACACAGCUGACAAAAAGAGUGAAAAAUACAGCUGCAAAUGUACUCAGGGAGACAUGGCUAAUCUACAAGAACACAAAACUGGUUAGGAAGAUGGAUCAUGCCAGAGUUAGAAAGCACCAAAGAAAAUUUUUACAAGCAAUUCAUCAAUUAAGAAGUGUAAAAAUGGAGCAACGCAAGCUGAAUGACCAAGCAAACUCACUCGUGGACCUUGCUAAGACUCAAAAUACAAUGUACGACCUGAUUUCAGACUUGAAUGAAAGGAGUGAGGACAUGGAGAAGAGAAUUGCUCAUCUGGAAGCCAGACUUGAGACCUUGCUGGGCAGCCUUCGGGCACUGCCUGGUUUGAUUAGCCAGAUAAUCAGCGAGCAGCACAUGGACUUCCUGGAAGUCCACAUGCAGCCUUACGACAAAUACAACUCCCACAGUCCUGACCGGUCCCAGUCUGCGUCCAGGAGGAAGUCAACCUCCACGGCACCAGCAACCUCCUCAGAGAGCAACUAG